AUGAGCCAGGCUCAGGCGAACGAAGCGGAGAAAAACAUCGAAAUAUGGAAGGUCAAGAAGUUGAUUAAGCGCCUUGAGGCUGCUAGAGGAAAUGGAACUUCCAUGAUUUCGCUCAUCAUUCCCCCCAAGGACCAGAUAUCCAGAGCGGCGAGGAUGUUAGCUGAAGAGUUUGGUACUGCUUCCAACAUCAAGUCUCGCGUGAAUCGACUCUCCGUUCUUUCUGCCAUCACCUCCACGCAGCAGCGUCUCAAGCUUUACAACAAGGUUCCUCCAAAUGGCUUGGUCGUCUACUGUGGUGAAAUCAUAACGUCGGAAGGAAAAGAGCGUAAGAUUAACAUCGACUUCGAACCGUUUAAGCCAAUCAAUACGUCGCUCUACCUCUGUGACAACAAAUUCCAUACUGAAGCACUGAGCGAGCUUCUUGAAUCGGAUCAAAAAUUCGGUUUCAUCAUCAUGGAUGGUAACGGUGCGCUUUUCGGUACAUUGAGUGGCAAUACUCGAGAGGUUCUCCAGAAGUUGAGUGUCGACCUUCCCAAGAAGCACGGCCGUGGUGGUCAGUCAGCGCUGCGUUUCGCCCGUCUUCGUGAAGAAAAACGGCACAACUACGUCCGCAAAAUUGCCGAAUUGGCUGUUCAGAAUUACAUUACCAACGAUAAGAUCAAUGUUGCGGGGUUGAUCUUGGCUGGUUCUGCCGAUUUCAAAAAUGACCUUAACCAAUCUGAUAUGUUCGAUGGACGUUUGCAGUCCAAGGUUAUUAAGGUCGUUGAUGUUUCUUAUGGUGGUGAGAAUGGUUUCAACCAGGCUAUCGAACUGGCUGGCGAGACUUUGAGCAAUGUCAAGUUCGUUCAGGAGAAGAAGCUCAUUGGAACAUACUUUCAGGAAAUUAGUCAAGACACUGGAAAGAUUUGCUAUGGUAUUGACGAUACACUCAAAGCCCUGGAACUUGGUGCGGCCGAGACUCUUAUUGUAUAUGAGAAUCUCGACAUCACUCGGUGGGUUAUGAAGAACGCUAGCGGUUCCGAGGUCAUUGUCCAUACCUCGAAAGCUCAAGAGGAAAACCGAGAAAUGUUUAUCGACAAGGAGACUGGGUUGGAGAUGGAAGUCGCUGAUCAAGGUCCAUUCCUUGAGUGGCUUGCUGAGAGCUACAAAGACUUCGGUGCAGCUCUAGAGUUCGUUUCCGACAGAUCUAGCGAAGGAAACCAAUUCGUCAAGGGAUUUGGUGGAAUUGGAGCAAUUCUUCGAUACAAGGUCAACUUCGAGCAACUUGCCGACUAUGAUGACGAGGAUGAAUUCUACGACGAUUGA